AUGUCCGGCGCGAGGCAUUGGGAGCAAGAUAAGGAGGCCACCGUUUACAUUGGUAAUCUCGAUGAACGGGUUACUGAUAGCCUGGUAUGGGAGCUGAUGCUGCAGGCUGGGCGCAUCGUUAAUGUUCACCUUCCCAAAGAUCGAGUGACGCAGUCACACCAGGGUUACGGCUUUGUGGAAUUUAUAAGCGAGGAGGAUGCUGAAUAUGCUUCGCGAAUAAUGAACGGGAUUCGCCUUUAUGGGAAACCUAUACGAGUCAACAAGGCAUCUGCCGAUAAACAAAAAGCCGUGGAAAUCGGAGCAGAGCUCUUCGUUGGAAACCUUGAUCCUUUGGUCACGGAGCAGGUCCUCUAUGAUACGUUCAGUCGCUUCGGAACGCUCGUCAAUAUUCCAAAGGUUGCACGCGAUGAUAACAACCUUUCCAAGGGCUAUGGAUUCGUAUCAUUUGCCGACUUCGAGUCCUCGGAUGCUGCUAUCGCCAACAUGAACGGGCAAUAUCUAAUGAACAAACAAGUUUCCGUGCAGUACGCCUAUAAAAAAGACGGCAAAGGCGAAAGGCAUGGUGAUCAGGCAGAACGAAUGCUGGCUGCGCAGGCUCGCAAGCAUAAUGUCCGUCCGCCAACGCAGCCGCUUCCUCCGCAAUUUUCCAGCCCAGGAACUCCUAUGGCAGCCGCUGGGAUGGCUAAUGGAGACGGCACACAAGCGUUGAGCGCCGCUCCUCCGGAAUUAGCGACGGGAAGAGGCGUACCGCCGCCUAACUUGGGCUUUCAGAACGUACCUCCGCCGCAACCUAAUCGACAACUCCCUCCUACCGCUCCCUUGGCAAACCCACCUCCCGGUUUGCCGGCAAGACCUCCGCCCUCGCAAGCCGGUUACGGUGGCCCCCAGACAUUUCUCCCCUCUGGUUUCAAUACUGCUGGUCAACAGCCACCCUUCCCACAGCAAGCAGCACCGCCGCCGGGGUUCGCGCCACCGGGUUUCGGUCCCCCAUCAGGAACCCCUAACCCUCCACCAUUACCACCGGGCUUCCAGCAACCUGGUUAUGGUGGCGGCCGCUGA